GUUGAAUUGGACCGUUUAUUGUUAUUGAGAGUGUUUCAGAAAAUUCUUGCAUUCUUGCGUUCUCAGAAAUUGAUCCAAAGCCCUCUCCGUAUCUACAAUUUCUCAAUUGGCGUUCUCACAAGCCUUCGGAUCCAAAGCCUUCUCCAUAUCUACAAUUUCUCCAUACAGUUUCAUAUCUACAUUUUUUUUUUCAUUAUUUUGUGUUUUUUACUUUUGUUCUAACGUUAUGGAUGCAGGGUCUUCGAGCUCCUUGAACUGUAACAGCACGUCUAAAUGCCCUCUCCAGGAGCAGUUUCAUCGGAGAAGGAAGACCAGGGAGAAUUUGGACAGAUUCAUUCCCAACCGAUCAGCCAUGGACUUCGACUAUGCUCAUUACAUGCUGACUGAAGGGAGGAAAGGCAAAGAGAACCCAAGUGUUCUCAGCCCAUCCAUUGAGGCUUAUUUGAAGCUCUUGGCUAAUACCUUCCAUAUGAACAGAGGCCGCAUCCUCGCCUUUAAGAACAAACCACCGACUCCAGUAGAGCUGACACCACGUGAAUUCUUGUCUCCUGUUCGCCAAUUCAAGCCCUCAAAGCCUAAACGGCAUAUUCCCCAGACUCCUGAGAGGACAUUGGAUGCUCCUGAUAUUAUAGAUGAUUAUUACUUAAACUUAUUGGACUGGGGUAGCAGCAACAUUCUUGCAAUUGGUCUUGGAAGCACGGUACAUUUUUGGGAUGGUUCAAAUGGUUCUACCUCAGAGCUUGUUACUGUUGACGAUGAGAAUGGCCCUGUUACAAGCAUCAGUUGGGCUGCUGAUGGACAACAUAUUGCCAUUGGCUUGAACAACUCUGAUGUUCAGCUAUGGGAUUCUACAGCUAAUCAACUGCUGAGGACUCUGAGAGGUGGCCACCAAUCUCGAGUCGGUUCUCUAGCUUGGAACAACCACAUCCUUACAACUGGAGGAAGGGAUGGUAAGAUCAUUAACAACGAUGUGAGAGUGCGAUCACACAUUGUGGAAACUUAUAGAGGACACCAUCAAGAGGUUUGUGGAUUGAAAUGGUCUGCCUCAGGCCAGCAGCUAGCAAGUGGAGGGAACGACAACAUGCUCUACAUAUGGGACAGGUCCAUGUCCUCUUCGAAUUCACGUUCUCAGUGGCUUCAUAGGCUUGAAGACCACACUGCUGCAGUGAAAGCCCUUGCUUGGUGCCCUUUCCAGAGCAAUUUGUUGGCCUCUGGUGGAGGUGGAAACGACCUAUGCAUAAGGUUUUGGAACACCCAUACGGGUGCAUGCUUGAACACAGUGGACACAGGCUCACAGGUCUGUGCUCUGCUGUGGAACAAAAAGGAGAGGGAGCUGCUUAGUUCCCAUGGCUUUUCACAGAAUCAACUCACUCUGUGGAAGUACCCAUCAAUGGUGAAGAUUACUGAGCUUACUGGUCAUACAUCCAGAGUUCUUUUCAUGGCUCAGAGCCCAGAUGGAUGCACAGUGGUAACUGCUGCAGGAGAUGAGACACUCAAAUUUUGGAAUGUCUUCGGCACCACCCCAGAAGUGAAAAAUGCUGCACCAAAAGAGCUGUUUCCACAUUUCAGUCGAAUCCGUUAGGUUUCAUUUGAGCAUUGAAAAGUAUCAGGGGAAAGAAGAAACAUGUUUAAGGCUCUUAAAAUUUCUCCAUAUUUUUUCUCCAACUUAAAUCAUUUGAAACAAAGAGUUUUUGGAAGUCUUCAAAAUUUCAACCAAUUUUCAUCAUUUGAGAUUUUCUUUCGCAUUUUCCAUCAAAGCCAAAUACAAGAAUGAGAUUCUCCCAUAUUUUUUUUUCUUUCCCUGAUACUCCCUAAUCAAAUGAAGUGUUAUGGAUGAUGGGAAAAGGUAGAUAAGGGAUCAUGAUGGGCUUCACUCCAUCAAUCUGAUAAUUUGUGUAAAUGUCCCAGCUGAAGUUUCACAGUUUGCUGGGCUUUCUUUUUGGAAAAAGGCUACUCAAAGGUAGGUGGUUAAUCUUGUUCAUGAAUCAAUAAAGCUGUAUUUUGAGCGGAAAUGCAGAUUCUGAUGUUGUUUGGAUUAACCUUCAAAUCCAGAAGUCCAAAUCCAAAUGCACUUUCACCUUGAAAGGGUAUUCAGUAGAAGCUGAAGGUUGGCCUGCUUCUUCUUUGGUUAGAGAAGAGUAAAGAAUUCAGCUGUUGGCCUCCCUCUGAUUGGUUUUCUUGUUUCUUUUGCCAAAAACAAAGGGCUGUUGCCUUGUCUCUGAUUGUUGUCUUUGUAUUUUGAGAAUCUGAAACUGGGUGUUUGAAACUAGACUGAAGUAAUUUAUGGUUAUCAUAUUGUAGAUUUGUUUCAUUUUGGACAUCUGAAAUUGAUUUGACUUUCACUAACUCCAAGUUCAUCGGGGGUGGACAUUUUUCCAAAAAAAUACCAAUACAUAAAGAGAUACAAACCUUUCUCUAAAGGAAACUUCGGUAUCAUGUUGAACACUCAAUUUUCCUAAAAGUAAAAGUUUAAGAUUCAAGAUCUGAAUCUUUGUUUGAAUUAUUAUGUAUUACUUUUUAUUUCUUUUAAGUUUUUUAUUUUUAUUUAUUUAUUUAUUUUUUCUAUAUGUCUAAUCAUUUUGUGAUGUUUGGAUAAGAUUCUUGUUUUCUAUUGUUAAAAACAGAAAAUAAGGACCUGUUUGGUGGUUGGUGUUUCUGAAAACUGUUUUUGUUCUCAACACAUUUGGGAAGUGGGUGUUUUGUUGGUUCCCACUGUUCUCCGUGCUUGCAAAUCCCUCUUUUCAGAGAACUUCAAAAAGUUGUUUCCUUUGGCAUCUCUCUGUGUUUUCAAUUUGGUGUUCUCCGUGUUUUCCCUGUGAUUUUUCCUCCAGCAAGUCUUCAACCUCCAGCACAUCUACAACAAGUCUCUCUACCAGCAUGAUACCAAGGUGCAAUUCUCUCAUUUUCUCAAUCAAAUUCCUCUCAUCAGUGCAAAUCCCAGGUGCCUCAUGGCAUUGGAGUGGUUCACUGCAAAUUCUUCCUAGACCAUCUUUACAACUUCCAGGGGACCAAUAGGCCUGACCCAAGUAUUGACUGCACCAUUGGGUUAGGUUCAGCUCAACCGUUCAAAUGUGGGCUGACAGGGAGAGAAGGCGCUACAUCCGCUUGUUGAAGCCUACCUCCUGCUGGUUUGCGCUUUAUUCUUUGCCUGUAGCUUCCCAGAAAGUUUCUUGUAGUGAUCUGAAAUGUAUCCAUACUUGAAUUGUUUCUGUUGUUACAUUUUUUGUUUUAACUACUAGAUUACAUCAAUGGUUGUUGAUACCUUUUCAAUGGAUGAAAUGAAUGAUGUCGAUGAACAGAUUUAUGAGUC